UUCAGUUAUUUGAAAGAGAGGGGGGAAGAGCAAGUGACCAAGCAAAGCAAUAGGAAGGCAAAAAUGAGCGGCAAAAAAUGAGUCCCACUUGGACAUAAGCCUGAAAUUGAGUCCCACUUUGUCCUCAUUCAAAAGAUCUGAAUCAAACCAAAGCCAGCCAGAGCGCAAAAUAUUCAACACCAUGACCAGCAGGAUACUACUACUACUACUAAAAUCCAAAUCACAAAACCCCUUCCCUUCUCACAUUCCACACUCACCCCCUCUUGCGUUUCCGUCUCUCCUAACCCAACCAAACCCAACCCAAUAAGCCACGUCUCAGCUCUGAAGCGUGAAGAAUGACGACGAAGGAGAACAAGAAGCCACCGCCGUCACCGCCGUCGUCGUCCUCCUCAACAAGUGGCGGAGGAGGAACUGCCAUGAGAGUGAUAGUCCCUCUUCAAGGAGUUGUUCAAGGCAGAGGGGGACUCUUCUUGGGCUCUGUAAUCCCCUGUGCACUCUACUACCUAUUUCAGCUCUACGUCAAAACACGAACACGACACCGUUUUAAUUCUCCUCCUACUUCGCCUCACUCCAAUUCAACUCCCUCACCCUCUCACAACAACCUUCCAGAACUUUCCGUCCACCCGCGCUCACUCUCACGAACUCAUCUUUCCUCUCCCACACCUUCCGCUUUCCUUUCCGGUCGGGCCGCUUCACUUGCUGCCGACUCGCCUUACUACGCCGGUUUAUACAAAGCCGCGGAGAAUCCUUACCAUGAGGUUGAUAAUCCCGAGGGUGUAAUUCAUCUCGCCGUUGGAGAUAACAAGAUUUGUGUGGACUUGGUGGAAGAUUGGAUGGAGAAGAAUUUAAGUGGCGCUGUGUUGGAGGAAGGAGGAGAUUUUCCGGGGAUUGGAAUUACCGGGAUUUCUGGAUGCCAACCGUUUGAUGGAGUCAUGAAGUUGAAAGUGGCUGUGGCAAGUUUCAUGUCCCAAGCUGUCGAUAAUUCAGUAUUCUUCAACCCCUCACAGAUGGUAAUAACUUCUGGUGUUGACCCUGCAAUCGAGAUUCUUAGCUUCUGCUUAGCAGAUUAUGGAAAUGCAUUUCUAGUUCCCACUCCUCAUAGCCCUAGCUUUGAUGGGGCUGCAAAAUGGCGAACUGGUGUGGAGAUAGUACCUGUUCCCUGCCGCAGUGCUGAUAACUUCAACUUAAAUAUAGCUGCACUUGACCAAGCCUUCAAUCAGGCAAAGAAACGAGGUCAAAAAGUUCGUGGAAUCAUAAUAACAAAUCCCUCAAAUCCUGUUGGCAAUCUAUUAAGUCAUGAAACGCUACGCAGUCUACUGGACUUUGCUAGAGAGAAGAACAUCCACAUAAUCUCUAAUGAAAUAUAUGCUGGGUCUACGUAUGGAAAUGAGGAGUUUGUGAGUAUGGCAGAAAUCUUGGAAGUAGAAGAUCAUGACAGAGAAAGAGUCCAUAUAGUAUAUGGCUUAUCAGAUGACAUAUCUGUUCCAAGUUAUAAAGCAUGUGUUAUCUACUCCUGCAACAAGAAUGUCCUAGCUGCUGCAAAAAAACUGGCAAGGUUAUCUUCAAUAUCUGCUCCAACCCAACAAUUGCUUACCUCCAUGCUCUCAGAUGCAAGAUUUAUGCAAAAUUUCAUUGAGAUUAACAGAUUAAGGCUUCAGAAAAUGUGCCAAGCAUUUGUGGCAAGACUGAAGCAGUUAGGGAUUGAGUGUGCUAGAAGUGACGGGGGAUUUCACUGUUGGGCUGACAUGAGUGCGUUGAUGCGCUCUUACAGUGAAAAAGGGGAGCUUGAGCUCUGGGAUAGACUUUUGAAUGUAGCUAAGAUCAAUGUUACCCCUGGAACCUCAUGUCACUGCAUUGAACCUGGAUGGUUUGGUUUUUGUUUUACCUUGUUGUCUGAAAAGGAUAUUCCUGUAGUUGUGGAACGGUUACAGAGAAUUUCUGAAGCGACAAAAUGACAUCGUUGAUAUUGGUAUCAAUUAUUACUUCUACAACUUUAGUUGGUUUAGAGAUUCUUUAUUCUUUUGGAGAAACUCAUUUGAUUGAUUUGAACACAUUCCUGUAAGGAAUUAUCAUUGGUGAAGGAGUAGUUGAAUGAAAGGAUGCCUUACAAUA